CGGCGAAGCAGGCCGCCCUUGCCGAGCUCGCAGCGGCAAAGCAGGCUGGCACGGCCGCGCAGGAUGCAAUGCGCAAGCGCGCAAACGAGGCUGUGACGGAGGCGGAGGCCCGCGCCGGGAAACAGAUCGAGGCGGCGCUCGAGGCGGCAAAGACAGCCACGGCCCGUGCGGAGAGUGCGGAGGCGGCGGCGGCGGCGGCGGCAUGCAAGACAGCGGCUGAGGAGACCGCCAAGGGCGCGACGAGUUCUGCCAAUUUGGCCGCCCAGGCCGAGGCUGCGAGGCUCGAGGCAGCCAGGUUGAAGGACAAAGUCGUGAGCCUCGAGGGGGCGCUCUCCUCAGAGCGCGAGUCUCUCGGGACGAUGCGCACCAAGCUGGCGGCCGCCAAGAGCGCUAUGGAGAGCCGGGUCGCGGCGAUGCAACAGGAGCUGACUUUGGCAAAGGAGGGCGCGGCGGCCCGCGAGGCCGCGGCUGUCGCGGCAGCUUUGGAGGAACGGCAAUUGGCAGAAGUUGCCGAUGGCAGCGCGCACGCAGAGCGGCAAAUAGCAGCUACCGCCGAGAUCGAGCGCUUGCACAAAGAGGUUGAGAGGUUGCGAGCUGAGCUGGCAGAGAGACAGGAGAAGAUGGGGCGAUUGCACGUUUCGGCCAAGGCGCGCACCCCAGCCAAGCCCGUUGUUGCCUCCCAGAUCCCCUGCGAACCGAAUCCUCUCUACACCCGUCGGUCACUCUCCCAAUCUGGCUGGGGAAAGGCGGCCCUCGAGCGCCAAAAGGCGGCGAUGCUCGAGAAGCACGCGGCGUGUGAAGCGCGGCUCUCGCCCGUGCAGUCGCGCCGCAGCUUUGAUGUUCGCGAUAGGCACGCCGCCGUGGUGCAGCGCAUCCGGAGCGAGCAGCCCGCUGCCGCCGCAGCCGCUCUCCGCAGCGAGGCAAUCGGGGGAGCCACGCCACCCGCCGCUGCCCGCGUAGCUCCGAGCACAGCGCCCGCCGAUGGCAGUGCGGACGACGGAUUCGGCGCGUUCCGCGGGCACGACGGUGGCGACACGAGGACGACGGCGGCAGUUCAAAACGGCGCCGCUGCGGUGCUGCCGGCGACCCCUGGGAGCGAGGCGCGUGCGGCGGAGGUGGCUUCGCGGAUGCGCGCGGAAGUGGCGGCUCUGCGCGGCCAGCUGCGUGCGGCGGAGGCGAAGGCGACGGAGGCGCAGGCAGAGCUUGAUGCGGACCGAGAGGCGAUGCGGGCGCAGAUGAGUUUGCUCGCCGCCGCCGAGGAGAGGCGCGACGCCGCGGCGCAGGCAGCGGCGGCGCAGCGGGACGCAGAGGCAGCGGCAGCCAUCCUCGCCGAUGACCGGAGGCGCCUCGAGGAGGCGGCGGCAGCGGCGCGCUCGCAUGCGGACGCGGCGCUCAAGGAGGCGCGACCGAUGCUGCCGGCGCAGACGCGCGCCGCCUGA